AUGGGCAUAAGACAAGAGCUUUAUCCGAAAGAGCUUGCCCAUGAUAAAUUUUAUACACCUCCUGCAUGUUAUACAAUGUCUACUCAAGAGAAAGAUCUUUUUCUAACAGUUCUGAAAAAUAUGAAGGUUCCUGAUGGGUUUCUUGUGCGCUUAAAAGAUUAUGUAUGCAAUCGAGCCUAUCCCGAGGGAUCGAUUGCUGAAGGAUAUAUUGCUGAGGAGUGUUUGACAUUUUGUUCGAGAUAUCUUGAAGGUGUUGAAACGGUUUUCAAUCGACCUCAAAGGAAUUAUGAUAUCAUAGAGAAUGCAGAAGUUUACAAGUUCUCAUCUGGUGGAAGAGUUUUGGAAAAAGUUGAAAGUGUUGUUCUUGACCAGAAAUCGUUGGCACAGGCACAUCGCUAUGUCUUACUUCAUAGUGAUAUAAUAUCCGAGUCUCGCAGAGAAUUUUUAAUAGCUCAGCGAAGUCUCAACCAUAACAUUCGUCCUACACCAAGGAUUGAGCAACGAUGGUUGGUUGAGUUAUUUUCAGAAUGGCUUUUCAAACAGGUACCGGUGAUGAUGGAGAGGAAUUGUUCUGAGGAGUUAAUAGUCAAUGCUCGAGGUCCGAAUAAUAUUGUCAACAGAUAUGAUGGAUAUAGUGAAUGGCUUGACGAAAGCAUGCUCAACAGCUCGGAUGAUCACUCGAGGAAGAGGCUUUGCAUCAUUGAAGUUCACUAG